UGUCCCCUCACGGAGCUCACUCCCAGCCCCGUGCUGUCCCCUCACGGAGCUCCCGCCGCCCGGCCCCACGCCUGCGCAGUGCGCGCGGCGCCAUCCGGGUCCCGGCGCGGCCAUGGCGACGGUGGCGGAGCUCAAAGCAGUUUUAAAGGACACACUGGAAAAAAGAGGAGCUCUUGCCCAGAUCAAGGCGAGGAUCAGAGCUGAAGUGUUCAAUGCCCUGGAGGACCAGAGCGAGCCGCGGCCGACGCUGUCCCGGGAGAACCUGCUGAUCAACGAGCUCAUCCGGGAGUACCUGGCGUACAACCACUAUAAAUACACUGCGUCUGUUCUGACUGCAGAAUCCGGCCAGCCUGAAGUGCCCUUGGAUAGACAAUUUCUUGCCAAAGAGCUGAAUAUAGUUGAAGAUGCAAGUGGAAAAUCAGUACCUCUCCUGUAUGGAAUUCUCUCUCAUUUCUUACAUGGUGGUAAAGAAGAAAGUACCCAGAAUCUCCUUCCAAAAGUGUCCUUGCUGAAUUAUCCAAAGCAGAACCUUGGCAAACCAGCUGCUGAGAGAAAUCAAAAAGACAGAAUUCCAGAACCAGGAAGGAUGGCUGGCACGAGCAUCGAAGAGCCUCUUAUUUUACAAAGUGUAAAGAGAUGAUAUCUUUCAUUUUCUAAUUUCUCAUUUCAAGGUCUGUCAGAUUUAAUUUAGGACAUUCUUCAUUGCACAAAUUUCUCCAGUAAAUCCAGUGGGACCAUUUUAGCUUGUAACAUCUACUCGAGACAGGAUGACAAGGUCAUGCUUACUGUCAAUUUAAAAAAUGUUAGCAAAGCUCUCUUUCCCCACUGCUGAUAGAAGGAAGACUGUAUAGGGACUCACCUUAGUGAAUCCUGGAUCUAGAAUUGCACCUGAAUAUACUGAGUUUAUCCAAUAAAUUUUUAUAUAAUAACUUAUAAUUUUUACUUUUAUAUCCUUGUGUGUUUUUCCUGUGUUUCUGAAUAAAAUUUUUCAAUUUUA